AUGGAAGCCGUACAAGACUGGGCAAGCUACCUCUUCCGCAAUGGAUACCUCACUCCCGGCAUCUUCGGUCCUCUGUCGUCUCUCAACAAUGUCUUCCACAAAUACCUCGUCCCCACCUUCCAGUCGCUGCUCGAAAAGCCCGACCUCACCAAGAUCGCUCUGAUGCUCGUGAUCCUCUACAUCUCGCUCAAACUCGUCAACAUGCUGGUUCAAAGCGUGCUCUUCUGGGUGCGACUGGCCUUCCGAAUCACCUUCUGGGGCGGUCUGGUCGUUCUAGCCUUCUGGCUUUCGCAAAGAGGUGUUGACGGCGCGGCUGAGGAUGUGAGCUAUUGGAUCAGGCUGUGGAAAGGCGAACUCGAACACUACAAGAGCCAGGCAGAGCAGAUUGCAUACCAGCACAGCCAUGGAUAUGGUGGCAAGCACGGCUAUGGUGGUGGCUACAAGUCUGCUGCGUCGAAGAAGCAAUGGUCUUUUGAGAGUUGGGUGCGACGAUACCUAUCAUGA